AUGCACCACUCCGCAUCCACACCGGACACCAGUCCACGUUCACCCUGGACACCAUUCCACGCACACCCUGGACACCACUCCACGACCACCCGGACACCAGUCCACGUCCACCCCGGACACCACUCCACGCCCACCCGAACACCAGUCCACAUCCACCCUGGACACCAGUCCAGGUCCAUCCCGGACACCACUCCUUGUCCACCCUGGACACCAGUCCACGUCCACGUUCACCCUGGACACCACUCCACGCCCACCCUGGACACCAGUCCACAUCCACCCCGGACACCACUCCACGUCCACCCCGGACACCACUCCACGCCCACCCUGGACACCAGUCCACGUCCAUGUCCACCCCGGACACAACUCCACGUCCACCCCAGACACCACUCCACGCCCACCCCGGACACCACUCCACGCCCACUCCGGACACCAGUCCACAUCCACCCCGGACACAACUCCACGUCCACCCCGGACACCACUCCACGUCCACCCCGGACACCACUCCACGCCCACCCCGGACACCAGUUCACGCCCACCCCGGACACCACUUUGCGCCCACCCGGACACCAGUCCACGUCCACCCCAGACACCAAUUCGCAACCCACCCGGAUACCACUCCACGCCCACCCCGGACACCAGUCCACGUCCACCCCGGACACCCCCCAACUGUGCCUAGGCCCUUCACAAGGUUUGUGA